GUAUGUGUGUAGUUUGACUGUUUACAUUAAAUUGGAUGAAGUUGUUCUUUUGUAAAAAGUAUUAAUUUAACUAAUAACACUCAUAAUGAGUAGUAACGGAAGUAGUCGUACGCUAAAAGAAAUUGACAAUGAAGUAGAAAAGGUUAAAGAUCUAGUGAAGGGAAAGACCAUUCAACAAAUAUGUAUAAGUGCUAAGAAGCUUGCGGAAAUGGCAGACUUUCAUGAUAAAAAAGGAGAUGCAGAGACAGCUUAUAUAUGUUUAGGAAGAUAUAUGAAUUUAUUGACUCAGUUACAGCAUAAAAAAGAUUAUGUUGCACAGAAAAAUUUCAUUAGAACUACUAUGGGCGGCAAUCAAGAACAAAAAAGAUUGAUGGAGAAACUUGAAAAGUUGCGAGAAAAACUAAAGCCAAGAAUUAUCAACGAAGAGAAUAUAGCAAAGAUGACAAUUGAACCAAAAGUUCCUGUGGAAAAUCCAGUCAUUGACAAAAUUCCCGAAAUUCGUGAGACAAUCACAUGCUUAAAGCUAUUCGAAAUGAUGGAGAAAGAUAGCAGUAAAAUUCUCAUUAUAGACACUAGGUCUAAUGAAGAUUUUAUCAAUUCUAAAAUAGAUUUCAAGUUUAUUUGUAAUGUUCCACAAGAUCUAUGUAAUCUUGGAAUGACAGCAAAUAAAAUCCAGCUUGAAUUGCCGAAUGAAUCAAAAGUGUUUUGGGAAAUGAGAAAAGACCGUCCAAUUAUUGUUUUCCUUGAUUGGCGUAGUGUAUGCUUUACUCGAAACACACCAGUUUGGCAGUUACGGAAUAUUCUAAAAGAAUACGAUCCAGAGCUUGAUAAAAUUCCAGAAAUGAUUAUUUUAGAAGGUGGAUAUGAAAGUUGGCUGUUUACAUAUCCAAUGAAAUGUACUGAUCCUCAUGUUGAAGUACCGAAUGACAUGAAUAAUUCAACUCCUACGGUUGAAGGCAUUGAAUAUCCAACUUUAGAAGAUAUUGUCAUGAAGGAUGAAUCAUUUAGUACACCUCUUGUUGAUCGUUCGACUAAAGGAAGUGCAAUUAAAGCAUAUGAUAAGAAACUCUCAGAGAGUGAGUUGUUGGAAGAAAAGGAAAUUCUGAUCAAUAAAUCCAUUCAGAAUGAGAAGGACCUAAUGAAAUUGGAACAAGAUUUUGACAUAAUGUCAGCUAAUAAAGAAAAUGAAGAUGAUCCAAAUAAGCAGCAACAAAUGCUUUUUCAAAUUUGGGAAUUAGAUACGAAACAAAAGGACUUUGCAUCUCAGCAUCAAACGAUUAAUAAUGAGCUAGAGAAAGUCAAGAAAACGACUAUUUUGAGUCCGAAAAUAUCCAAGGUAGAGGAUUUAGAAAAACGUUUAAAAGUUAAGGAAGCAGAAGAGAAGAAAUUGCACGAUGAUCGCGAGAAGAAAAAGAAGGAACGUGAAGAAAAAUUGAGCAUCGCUCGACAGAAUAAACCACAAUUUGAUGAUUAUAAAUCACCGACUAAAGCACCACGAAAAAGUGAGCUGAUUUUAUCGCCCAGGAACCUCAAUCAGAAUUCAAUUCCUCAUUUUGAUCGUGCCUCAAAGCCUACGUUGCAAAAUUCACAGCUAUUCUACGAUAAUCAAGACUUCGCACCUGUUUAUCAAAAAGUGGAACGUGGCUUGACUGGUCUAAAGAAUCUUGGAAAUACGUGCUAUAUGAAUAGCAUAAUUCAGUGCCUAAGUCAUACACUCUCGUUAAAACAGUAUUUAUUGGAAAAUGACUAUGAAAAGCAAAUUAAUAGAUCAAAUAAUACAAAGGGACAUAUUGUUAGGACUUUAGCAGCUGUGAUUAAAAUGCUUUGGAGUGGUGAAUGCAAGUACAUAUCUAGCAAGCACCUAAAGUCAGUAAUUGGUGAGCAAGAGCAUUUAUUUUGUGGAUUUGAUCAACAGGAUGCGCACGAGUUCCUUGUAAUGCUUAUCGAUUGGCUUCAAUCGGAUCUGCAGACUAUUAAUAUGGCAAACAAUAUUGGUCAGUCACCACCGUCAGAAAAAGCUUGGCUUGAAUACACGAAAGCCAAAGAGAGUUUUAUUCUUAGGCUGUUUUAUGGACAAAUCAAAAGUACUGUCAAGUGUAAAGUUUGCGGUGAAGAAAGUGCCACAUUUGAUACAUUCUCAAACCUCAGUUUGGAACUUCCAAUGAUCAAUAUUGAGCGGUGUCACAUCAUGGAUUGCUUUAAUUUAUAUUUUAAUGGUGAAAACAUAAGUGGAUGGAAUUGUCCGCGAUGUAAAGUACCUAGAGAUGCAAUUAAAAAGUUAGAUAUAUCCAAAUUGCCACCAGUUCUAAUAAUUCAUCUGAAACGCUUUUAUGCUGACUCAUAUUCAUUCCGAAAAAAGUCUAUUUAUGUUGAGUUUCCAUACGCAGACCUGGAUAUGCUUCAAUAUGUAUCACCAAAAGAACGAAUGAGUGUGUCAGGUACAAAUCAUGUAUACAAUCUUUACGCCGUCUCAAAUCAUUACGGCACAAUGGAAUCCGGGCAUUAUACAGCGUUCUGUCGCAAUGCAAGGCAAAACAAAUGGUAUAAAUUUGAUGACCAUAACGUAACACAAAUCGAUAAAUCAGAUGUUAAAUCAUCGGCUACAUACAUCCUAUUUUAUACUUAUUUACCUGAAUCGCGUUUCAUCAAUUAGAGACAUUCUUGUUAUUGGAUUUUGAUCUGUAAAAUAUAUUUAUUUACGUAUAACAACUGGCAACAGCAACAGUUCUUCAACAAUUUUUUUUUUGGAGACACGAAACUUUAUGUAAAUGGCUAAUGUUAUAAGCUUUAUAAUUUUUGAUUCAAUUGUGAUUGAAUUUAAAAAUAAAGAGAUCCUUAUUACAUAAAAAAAAAUAUAUAUUUUAAAAUCAAUUAAAGAUGCUCAAGUUCUUCAUCAGAGUCUAUUUCCUCAAAGCAUGGCUUCACAUCUAUUUCUAUCAUCUGUUGAUUUAUCAACUCCGACUGCUCCAAUUGAUUAUAGCUAAAUGAUGGAUCGGGAGGACUUACAACUGGAUUCGGUGGAAUCACUUCCUGUUCCUCGUUGUCACUAAGAUCAAUGCAUUGGGCUAAUUGAAGAUUCUCUACC